GGUCUCAAACUUGCAAUCCUCCUGCUUCAGCCUCUUGAGUAGCUCGGAUUACAGCCAUGGCACUCAGCUAAAUUUUUUCAUUUUUAUAAGGUUAAAGACAAAGGCUAUGGAUAGAUACAGUGGCACAGCUACAAUCCCAACUACUUGGGAAGCUGAAGCAGGAGGAUUGUAAGUUUGAGCCUAACCUGGGCGAGUUAGCAAGAUCCUGUCUCAAAAUGGAAGAAAUUAAAACGUCUGCGUAACGAUCAUGUACUGAGAGCAAAUGCAUCCUGCAGAGUACAAAAUCUCUCAGUCUCAGCAAAAUCAUCCUUUACUGUGGGUGUAGGAGAGACUGUCCUGAAGACCUAAGAUGUUUCAAAGUUGCUGGAUACCAGUAUUACCCUUCACUUGUUAUAGCCAAGUUUCUUUCAACAUUGCCAAGGCCCCUAGAGGACAAAACUGUCCCUGUUAAGAAACACUGGGCUUAAACAUUUACUGUUUAUCCAUUCAUAGAACAGGUGUGCUGCCCUCUCCUCUAGCAGCUUGGCCAGCAGGGUGGCUUUCCCUGUAAUGUUAUGUUUAGGUUGUUUGUCUUGGUAAUUUGCAAAUGACCAUUCUGGUUUGUGUAGAAGUGAUGAGCCUAAAAAAUUUCCUUUGUAAAGUUAAUAGAGAAGGGCACUUCCCAGAGUCCAAGAAGGGCGCCCCCAGGCCAAACCCUGCUGUGUGUCUGCAGAGACGCGGGUGCCCUGAGCUGAGCCCCUGGAAGGCUCGAGGUGUGAGAAGAGUAGUGUGGGUCCCCAGCAGGCUGCAGGGCAAGUGAAGGAAGGAUGGGGAUGCCUGUGUCUGUGGCCCUAGUUUCCUGCUUUUAUGGAUGUAAGCAACCUCUUCACUCUUCCUUGGGCUGUUCAGCUCUCCUCAGAGGAAGAAAGCCUGGGCUUUUCAAAGGGCUGUCAGCCUGCCGGGAGGCUGUGCCUUCGCAGUCAUUCCCUACCAGCCUUGGGGUGGGUGGAGUUCAGGAGUCCCAGCAGCCUGGCAGCGAGGUGGAAGGGUCAGCCCACGGCCUGGCAUCCGAGACCUAUGCUUUCCCCUCAAGGGCAGAGGUUGGGGGUGGGUCGCCGGUAGUUGGGUGUGCACCCACACGUCUGGGAGCUGACCAAAAACCCGGUUUCAGAGCUUUCCUCAGCCCAGGGCUCAGACGCGCCUUUUCCACUUCCGCAGAGUCCCACGUUCCCCAGCCGCCCGAGGGCAGGUCGAGGACUGAGGUGAGAGCACGAUGGGGCCAGUCUGGUUGGCCUGCGCCAAACCCACGGAGGGAACAAGGAGGCCUGGCGACAAGGAAGUCAGGGUUUCGCCAAGGUCACCUGCGCGUCUGGGCCCAGGGGUCCGCCCGGAUCCGCGCCAGGCCCCACCCCCUAGCAGGCAGAUACGCCCACAUCACAGGCGGAAGUGGGGCCGCCCGGGAGCUACAAGAGGCCGGGGGCGUGUCCGAGCCCUACCCCAAUGGGGGCCGGCCUACGCCGAGCGUAGCCCAAUGAGGCCUCAGGAGGGCGGGGCCCAGACGAGGUCCUCCAAUCGACAUGUCCCCCGACUUCCACCCUCUGUAGAGGUGGGGUGGGGCGGGGCGAGCCUGAGCGCUCUCGCCCAAUGGGUGGCGGCCCAAGGGGGCGUGGCGCGGGGCGAAGGCCGGCUCUUCCCGUGACCGGCGCUGCUGGUCCGGUCGCCCUCGCAGUCCCGUCGGCGGCCGCGUCCGCAGCAUGGCCGGCGUGGCCCGGCGCGCGCCCGCUCCCCAACGGGCCCGCGGCCCCCGCGCCUCGAUCCAGCCCUGCCAACGGGCUUGCAGGCCCCGCGCCCGUGCCGGGCGAGUGGAAAUCCGAAUGGAAGCCAAAGGUGGAGUCGGGGGAGCCCCCCCUCCGCCCGACCCCCAGUCCCGGGACCCCGAGUGCCACUCCAGCCGCGUCCCCUGCCUUCUCAGCCCAUGUGCCCCGCCCUGUUAGUGCCACUCCAAGCCAGCGCCAGUGGGUCUCCUCUGCCACCAGCGCCAACGACUCCUUCGUGAUAAAGCCGAUCCCCAAGCCAGACAUGGACACCAUCCCUUUGGGGGACCUCCAAGCUCGUGCCCUGGCUUCGCUCCGUGUGAACUCCCGAAACUCCUUCAUGUUCAUCCCCAAAUGGAAAGACUCUGCCGCCCCUCCCCCCGAAGGGAGGCCGUCUGUGGAGCAGCCGAAGGGAGCAGAGAGUCCAGUCUCUCAGAGCCAGGAGCUUGGAGCCCAGCCGGCACCCAGUGAGGAUGGUGCAUCUGCUCUGAGGAGGAGCCCCUUGGAGGUGGAAGUGCAGUGGGGUGUCGAUGCGGGCUGCCCCCAGCCAGGCACCUCGCUCACAGACUCGGCUGUGAAGUGGCAGAGGCCAUCCUCCCCGCCCCCUUUCCUCCCAGCCACUCCUGAAGCUGAACCUGCUGAGGGCUGGGGCGUUCCCAGCUUGGCCAAGAAUGUCCAGGAGCCUGGGAGGCCAGGACUACCCGUCACUUUCAUUGAUGAGGUGGACUCGGAGGAGGAAGCCCCCCAAGAAGCCAAACUGCCCUGCUCAGGGCCUGGUGUGCCUCCCCAGUGCCACCUGCACCCUGCCCGGCCCGGACACAUCUCAGAGCUCCAGCACCGGGGCAGUAACACCUUCACGGUGGUGCCCAAGAGGAAGCCGGGGUCCCUGCAUGAGCUACACCUCCAUCAAGCCACCCGGGAGCCAGAACCGCAGGAGGGUGAGGAAGAAGAGCCCAGGAGUCUCUUGGGGCCCCAGACUGCCCUGAAGAUCACGCUGAAGAAGCGCUACCCCACUGUGCAUGAAAUCGAGGUGAUCGGUGGCUACCUGGCCCUGCAGAAGUCUUGUCUCCUCAAGGCAGGAGCCUCCAGAAAGAAGAUGAAGAUCUCCUUCAAUGACAAGAGCCUGCAGACCACCUUCGAGUACCCCUCCGAGAGCUCCCUAGUGCAGGAGGAGGAGGUGGAUGCUGAGGACGAGGAGGAGGGUGAGGAGGGAGAGGAAGAAGGAGAGGAGGAAGGUCCCAGCACUGAGAAGCCCUUUGCCCUCUUCCUGCCCCGGGCCACAUUUGUGAGCAGCGUGGGACCCGAGAGCCCCCGGCUUCUGGACAGCAAGUCAGGCCUGUCCAGCUACACUCCUAAGCACUCCAUGGCCUUCAGCAAGUGGCAGGAACAGACACCAGUGCAGGCCCCAUGCGAGGUGGAGCCCCCGCCGAAGGAGGUCAUGCUCACACCUGCCAGUCAGAAUGACCUCUCGGACUUCCGCAGUGAACCCGCCCUUUAUUUCUGAUCCUCAGCUGUUGUGCCCCGGAGCUGGGCAGUGCCCAGAAGUUUUCUGCCUGUAUUCCACACCCCCUUCUUUCCCAUGGCUGAGAUGUGCUGGCCUGGGAAGCAGCAGGGCUCCUGAUGUUAGGGCUCUAAGAGUGGUGACGGGGAGGUACCUGUGGGGAGGGCCAGGGCCUGCUGGAUGGUGGCACACCUGUGACCGGGAGCCCCAGGCUUCCCUGUCCUGCUGCCAAGGCUGUCUUCCAGCCCCUGCCUGCUGUGCCCAGCGCUGUUGGGCACGUCCGGGAUGAGGAGCUGCUGUUCUUUGCAGGACUCAAGCCCCCACCUUCAGCUCACAUUCCUACCCUUUCUGAUUGACGGCAGCUUUUUCUUGCCUCUGAUGUCAGACUCAAUAAACAGCACUGGACAAGGCC